UGCACAAAAUGGCCGCCGUCUCCAAGCCGCUCCACAAUAUGGCUGCCAUUCCAGAACCUGUGGUCAGGGCCCGGACGCCACCUGUGGUCAUGAUGGCCCACGUGCUGGACACACCCCUAAUGACAGUACGGGCAGCUAAAGUGGCGCUCCUUGUCGCGGCGGCUACCCCUGAGUCAAGUCAAGACACAGAGUCAAGUCAAGCCAAAGCUGUCGUUCUCCAUGAGUCAAGCCAAGUCACAGCUGUUCCCCACGAGUCAAGUCACGUUAUAACUGUUGUUCCUGAGUCAAGUCACGUUACAGCUGUUGUUCCUGAGUCAAGCCAUGUUGUUCCUGAGUCAAGUCAGGCUACAGCUCAAGCUUCCAAGUCCAGUCAAGCUUCCAAGUCCAGUCAAGCUUCCGCCAUCAUCCCUGAGCCCGAGUCUGCACUGCUCAAGAGGGCCGCCACGCCAGUGCUUGACGCAAAGAUUACCACUAACGCCACGUCAGCCCAGCCAGCGCCUGCUAACGCCACGUCAGCCCAGCCAGCGCCUGCUAACGCCACGUCAGCCCAGCCAGCGCCUGCUAACGCCCCGUCAGCCCAGCCAGCGCCUGCUAACGUCACGUCAGCCAGGCCACAACCGGUCAAGGUCAUGUCUGCCUCUUCUGAACCUGCACCAGCUGCUGUUUCUACUAAGUCAAGUCAAGUCACAGCCAAGUCAAGUCAUGUUCCAGCUGUUCCUACCAAGUCAAGUCACGUCACAGCCGUUCAAACCAAGCCAAGCAAGGUCACAGCCGUGGCUCCCGGGUCAAGCAAGGUCACAGUCGUGGUUCCUGAGUCAAGUAAAGUCAAUGAUCUUCACAAGCCAGUUCAAGCCACCGCUGGUCUUCACGUAUCAAAUCAAGUCACCGCUGAUCUCCAAGAGUCAAAGUCCAGUCACGUCCCGCCUGACGGCCCAGAGUCCAGUCACGUCCCGCCUGACGGCCCAGAGUCCAGUCGCGUCCCGCCUGACGGCCCAGAGUCCAGUCGCGUCCCGCCUGACGGCCCAGAGUCCAGUCGCGCCCCGCCUGACGGCCCAGAGUCCAGUCGCGUCUCGUUUGACCGCCCAGAGCCUUGUCACAUCAUGUCUGCCAGUGUGAUGGCAACCGCAAUCCUCAGCAUCUGGGCCGCAAGCUACGCUCCAGAGAACUUGACGACGACUCCAGAAGUCCUACCCGUCGUCAAGUCUGUGCCAGAGGUCUCGUCUGACCUCCCUGAGCCUUGUCACGUCAUGUCUCCUAGCGUGUUGGCAAUCGCCAUUCUCAGUGUGUGGGCUGCACACUCAGCUCCAGAGGUCUCAUCUGUUCGCCAGCCAACUCCAGAGCUCCCGUCUGAUCUCAAGUUUGCUUCGGAGGCCCUGUCUGACCACGAGACAGACCCAGAGGCCUCACCAGUUGGAGAAGCCGCGCCAAUGCCUCCUGAGGUGUCAGCUUCGGCUGUAGAUCCUCCUAGGGAGGCGGCGUUCUACCUCAAACUCUCUGCUUCUCCCCUUAUUCUGUCUGCCUCCUCUGUCUCUACUGUUCCUAGGUCCCAGGCCAUAACGCGGUUUCCUGCUCCAGAGGUCCCGUCUGGUCCCAAGUCUGCUCCAGAGGUCCCGUCUGGUCCCAAGUCUGCUCCAGAGGUCCCGUCUGACCUCAAGUCCGCCCCUGAGGCCUUCCCCGUAGGAGAAGCUGCGCCAAUGCCUCCAGAGGUGCCAGCGUCAGCUGUGGAACCUCUUAUGGAGGGGGCGUUCACCUCAAUACUCUCUGCUUCUCCCCUUCUUCUGUCUGCCUCCUCUGUCCCUGUUCUCCCCAGGUCCCAGUCCAUGACAGAGCCACCUGUUCCGCCCCGGAGAGCUGCGGCACCUCCUGUUCCGCCCGGAGAGCAGGUUCGUAAAAGCAAUGACCUCGCUGGAGCCAAGGACUCUGGUCCACCUCCUGGAGUAAGAUGGAUUCAGCAGCCUAGAAUGGGCCCUGGAUUAUCUCUGCUGAACAGCAGCGGAUGA